AUGGUAUUCCCAUACAAGCACGUCUUGCUCGUCGGAGCUACAUCUGGAAUCGGUAGAGCGAUGGCCGAUCGUUUUAUACAGGCCGGGAUCAAAGUGACUGCAGUAGGACGGCGGAAACAGCGCCUCGACGAAUUCAUUGCAAAGCACGGCGAGGAAAAAGCCUCCGCAAUGACUUAUGAUGUCAGCGAUAUUGACGGAGCUCCCCAAUUUGCCUCAGAUGCAACUGCUCAACAUCCAGAUGUCGACUGUAUCUUUCUCAAUCCGGGUACUCAACGGAAAUACAAGUUGACUGACCCUAAGGAUGGGGACUUGGAUGAUUUCAGAGCAGAGAUGGACGUCAAUUUCAUCAGCUACGUUGCUCUGACUCAGGCAUUCAUUCCAUUCUUAAUGUCCAAGUCGACUCCAACAAGUUUUAUAUUUACCACAUCCCUUCUAGCACUGGUGCCUGCGCCAAGAAUCCCCGCCUAUUCAGCCGCUAAAGCCGCGUUGAACGCUUUUGCGUACUGCCUGCGAGACCAGCUGAGGGAAUCAAAUGUUAAAGUGAUCGACUUGGCUCCACCUCUUGUGUCAACCGAACUACACGAUUAUAUGGGCAUUGAGAAAGGGCGAGGUAUGGGGAUGCCGGUUGAGCAGUAUGCUGAAGAUGCCUAUCAAGCUUUGAAAAUUGGAAGCGAUGAGAUUCUCGGUGGGAGCGUUGGACCCACAGAGGUCUUUCAAGACCUGGCUGACAAGCGUCGCAAGAUCUUCGAUGACUUCGCCCCAAUGCUUCGUGACGUGGAUUGA